AUGACACUCCUUCAGUUUCUGCGACAAGCUCGCCGAGUGCACCACCAGUUCAUUUCGGGUGCUUUAUCCGAGUCUCCGAUCUAUGUGAUCGGCAACUCAUCUGCCGACCUUGACUCCAUUGUCUCGGCGAUCAUCUACUCUUAUUGCGCGAACAACCGCCUCCCAAUUCAGUCUCCAAGACCUCACAUCCCGUUAUUGAAUUUGCCGAAUGUGCCAGCUGGGCCAGAGCUCUACCGACUUCGACCUGAGUUUGUAACGGCACUAUGGUCGUCAACGAACUCUCCCGCCCUGAGGAAUGAGGAGAAGUUUGAAAAUACCCAGCAUUCAGCAGGGAAUUUCCUACGCGAGCACAUUGUGACCGUCGCAGACUUCGCGCAGUCACUCCUUGAUCAGAAAGUUCUCAGACAGAUUAUAACCGAGGCGACAUUGGUCGACUGGAAUGCGUUGCCUUGCCCUUCAAGAACCGACAAGGGCUUUGGAUCUCUGACGGGCUUGCCGGGCUUAUCUUUCCGAGCAUUGGGAUGCAUCGAUCAUCAUGUCGACGAGGGCUACAUGCCAAGUGCCGAAGAGCUUCCUAGGAACCAGCCGCUGAUCAUUCAGCCUGGGCCUGGCUCGUGUUCAUCCCUCAUCGUCAAAGAGCUGCAGCGACAAAGUCUGUGGACCGAAGAGACUGUCGAAAUGGUCCAGGUUGCAAAACUUGCACUCUCUGCAAUUUUAAUUGAUACCUCGAAUCUGACUGCGGAGGGCAAGGUCACUGAUGUAGAUCGUGAGGCUGUUCAAUCCUUGCGGAACCAGAUUGAAGUACCGCGGGAAGCUUCAACCACUCAGUACAAGUGGGACUUGAAACAGUUCUACGAAGCUGUCGUCGAUGCCAAGAAGAACAGCCUUGACCUGCUUACCGUGGACGAGGUUCUGGACCGCGACUACAAAGAUUGGACCGAGAAAUCCCAAUCACAUGGCAAAGAUGUCAAGAUUGGAUUCUGCUCCUCAGUCAAGCCAAUCAGGUGGAUCGUGCAGAAAGCGGGUACACCAGAGCAAUUCCUACAAUCUGCACGCUCAUUUGCAACUUCAGCCGAUAAAGACUUGGAUAUGCUUGUUGUUAUGACUGCAUUCACUGCGAAAGAUGGCCAAUUCUGCCGUGAACUAUUCAUUGGCGUGGCGCGCGAGAAUGACGCAGCUCUUGAAGGCGCCAAAGCAUUUGUUGAGCAAGCUUCUUCUCAACUUGGAUUGAUCGACUGGUCUCCGUUGGAUGCCGAGGAUAUCCCUGAUCUCACAAAAAAUGAUUUCAUUUCUUUGAACGCAGACUCGCCGCUAUGGAGGAGACUUUGGGUACAGAAUAAUGUGGCUGGCAGCAGAAAACAAGUUGCGCCGCUGCUACGGACAGCCGUGGCGAGGUUGUAA